GCCCCGCCGGCCGGACCCGCCUCGGCUCUCCCGCUCUGGUGAUUCCUCUUCGUAUUAUUUGUUAUUAGCGUUGUUAUUAUUAUUAUCGUUAUCCUCCUCCUGCUCCGGUCCUCUCCUUCCUCCCCGCGCCCCCGGUGCUGCCGGACCCGGCUCCGCUGCUGCCCGCACCGCUGCCCGCUCCUGCCCGGCCCGGGCGCCCAGGGCCGCUGGCAACUCCCCAUGGCCAUGCAGUGCUGCCUGACCCAGCCGACUGCCCUGGGGCCGGCGUGACUGUGACACCCUGCCUGUCCUUUUCCCGAGUUUGAUGGAGAAUUGGUCGGAUGACAGCGGGAACUGUUGUUAUCACCGGGGGAAUCCUAGCGACGGUGAUCCUACUGUGCAUCAUUGCCGUGCUCUGCUACUGUAGGCUACAGUAUUAUUGCUGCAAGAAAGAUGACUCCGAUGAGGAAGAGGAGGAGGAGGAGGAAGAGGAAGAGCCUGACCUUCCCAUGCACUCGCACCUCGGCACAUGCAAUGCCUGCAACUCCCGCAUGGUGGAUGGCCAGGGCAGCCCCGCGCCCGCCCCCAGCGAGCUCAACCAGCACGGGGCUCACAACUACUGCCCGACCUGCUCCCCCUACGGCUCCCCCUUUUACAUCCGGACUGCCGACAUGGUGCGCAACGGGGGCGAGAGGGUCACCUACACCCCCGCGUGCUACAAGGAGAUGGGGCCGCCCAUCAACAUGGCCACCCUGCAAAGCUACCCGGUGAGCCGCCACAGCCUCCUCCGGGAGAGCUUCCCGAACCCGCGGGCUAUCAGCACGGAGGUGUAGUCACCAUUGCCACUAGCACAGGGUGUCUCCAGACGGCGCCUGCUCGAGGGAAGGGGCUUUUUGCUUCUCUUUGGUGGGGGGGGGGGUUGCGCAGAGAGGACCCCAUAAGCCCAGCUCGAGACCAGCACAGUCCUCCUGCUGAACCGCCCGGCACGGCUAAGCUUUACGGGCGAGAAGACAAGAGAGACCUCGAAGGGCGAUGUUAAACUGGCCGCCUCCGAACCCAUCAUAAGUGUCAUUAUUAUUCUACUCUAUCUCCUGAAGGGACUUGUCUAACGAGGGCUAUGUACAGUACAACCUAAUUUAAUUACCCCAGGCUCCCCCGACUCCCCGAGCCCCGAGCAAGGCCUCUGGUUGUCCCCACGCAGCCACCUGAGGCAAUGCCUCCGGCACACAGAGCAACGCACGACCACCCACAAGCUGCUGCCUCCAGCAAAUCCCACUGCUGAGCUGGGAAUGGCAGUGCUCCUCGGCAACAGGAAAGCAAAGAAGGGAAGAUCCAGAUCAUCCUGCUCCCCUCGUACUGCGUUAGUUGCCGCUAGAAGUUAGCUUUUGUGUUCGAGUGUAGGAUAGGACACCGGCCCCCACCUGCUUCUGUCUUUGCACAUGCUGAAGAAGUUCAAGCCAUUAAUUUAGAUCACCGCUGGGGGAGGCAAAGUUGCUUGCAAAACUGCUCACCCACCCAAAUGGGCACAGGCUGAGUCUUCUGUGGCUGAAGCCCCCACCUCUUCUACUCUUCACAAGCUUUCUUAGGAGCAAUUUUAACUUGGACCCAUAAUAAUGGCAAGAUUUUACUUAUGGGAAGGAUUGCCUCCCUAAAGAACUGCAGUUUUGGUCACCUCCAGCUUUCAAAGCCCUACCCAGCCCCCCUGACAGCUCCAGACAGCCAGCCAAAGGUUGGCUUUAGGAUGGCUUUUGCUUUUGACAGCAACAGCAGAGACCACCGGGUUGUGUCUCCUCCUUUGUGGGGCUCACGACCUCCCAUGGGAGGGUGAUGUGCAGGUGAUUGGGGUCCUCCCACUUUUGCUUCUGGAAGAAGAAGAUGCAAGACCUGAACGUGGGUUUACCAGUUCUGCAGCUGAUAAUGACAGCCAGUGACUCUGCCUUUCUGCAAAAAUGAAUGUGGGAAAGUUCCUUCUUCCUCCAUAAAUCAAAUUAGGUGAAAAAUUACUAAAAGGACAUCGCCAUCAUUCAUGGGCACUUCCAUAGCAACCGGUGCAGGACCGCUCAGCUGAGCACUUCCCAUUCAUGGCAGGGAGGAGAGACCCAGACAGCAACGAUCCCUGCAGCCAUGCGGAUGCUGUUGGAGGCAAUGGCAGGAACUGCUUGCCAUGCCUUUGCAAUAUAGGGUACAACCGCUCAGAAAUGUGAGUGGGGUUUGGUUUUUUUUUUCCUUCCACCACCGCAAUUUAGAAACAAUUCUGCUGCUCACAGGAUUUGGACUUAACCUCCCCGUUCAUGCACAGAAAAAGUAGGUCUCAUCAUGGAAGUGCAUGCUACGUGAGCCUCAGAUAUCUACAUUAUCAGGCAAAAGGCUAAUUUACACUUUGGACCUGCUGGUGCCCUGGCACCUCUGCAAAAACUAUCCCAAGUAAAGGAGCCAGAUGAACAACAAAUGUGGUGAUGGUCCUUGUAACCAAACGCCUUGCCCCGACCUGCAUUGUACACAGCCUUUUGAGCAAACAUCGCGCACUGUCUCCUCCACCUCUGGCCCAGAAAGACAUUGCAUUUCCAUUAUCCUGAGACUCAGUCUAGCUGCAUCUCUUUUUAGAGUCUCCUUCCAUUCUCCAAAUAGCGCUAGCAGGUUUUAAAAUGUCCUCUCACAGUAAGGGCAGGCAGGAGGGAAGAUGAAAUUUAGCAGCAGGAAAGUGCUCUGGAUCCCACUGGCCAAUAGUCUGUAGCUCUUACUGCUUCCCAUCCAGCCAGUACUCCUCCCUGAAAAUACAGGCUCUAACUGGAAAAAAAUCUUGGCAAACUAACUCAGUAAAGCCCAUCCUUUCCCACUAGAGCAUCUGCUCAGCUAGGUCUCCAUCCUGCUGGGAGCCGCAAGAAUAUGUCCCAGCGCAAUCCACGGGCUGCUGCCUGCACGGCUCUGCCAGAUGGCCCUGCAAUACCGUCCCCUCGAAGGGUGCAGAGCCAGCUCACAGGCAUGGCAGCUCCCGACAUCCAACUCUACCUCUUGGCAUACAGCGAGGCUUCCCACCGCAACAGCAGCACGUGCUGGGCCGUGACCUCCAGAGGGUGGGAAUAACACGGGGCUUUUGCUUCCAUGGGUCACCCUUCUGGUGAAAGGAAGGCAACCACAUCGCCAUCGUCAUCACAUGCAAAUUAAGUGUGAGCUGGUGCCUGCUAACACGGUUCCGAGGCUGGCGAGGCAGUUCCAGAGUAGCUGGAUGGCCAAGACGAGGGUUAUCCCCACAGCCAACACAACACCCUGGGCCUGGCAUGGCUACAGUGAACUGGGUGAGUCUGAAAGGGCUGGAAAUGUGGGAGAUGCAACUGUGGGUUUUCAGGUUUUGGGGAUGGUGGAGAAAUAGGACAGCGUAGGGGCAGGGAUCUCAGAUAUUUUCCACUUCAGAUUCCUCCUGUUAUUAUCCUCUUUGUUGCUCAGCUACGGGUCCAAAUACAAUGUCAGAAAUAAACGAGGACUUUGAAAUACAAAA